AUGGCAGCUCCUGGACCACCCGCAGCUCGGAUGGGCCGGCCUCGCAAGGCGUCCACUGCAGCUUCGCAUGCUGGUCCGUCGAACGCACCUGCCGAUGCGACACCCAGCGCCUCUACUCCAGCUCCCGGGACAACCGGAGGCGGACCCAGCCUCGCGCCCGGAACAAUGCAUUCCUUUGCCCCCUCGACUGGACCGCAGACUGUCGCCGAGUGUGAGAACUUUGCCGCUCAAUUACUGGAUCCAAACACCACACCCAAGCGAAGGCAAGAGCUGGCUGUCGAGCUGAGGGAUUCGGCGGAGAACAACAAGGAAUUUGGGUACUAUGCAAAGUACCUCGAGCUUCUCAUGCCCGCUGUCCUGAAGCUGCUGGGGGACGAAAAGACGCUCACACUCGUCAAGGAAAGCGUAGACCAGCGAAUGCGCCAUGCCCUCUACUCCUUCAUCCACCGUCUUCCCAAGACCGAGCCAUUCAAGGCGCACGAGGUGUCAGUGAUGGAGCUCACAGUGCGGAUCCUGAAGGUGGAAAAUGAGGAGAAUGCGCUGGUCUGUAUCAAGAUCAUGAUUGAUGCGUUCCGAAAUCAUCGAGACCAAGCCGAGCCCUUCGUCACCCGAUUCCUCGACAGCGUCAAGUUGAUGUAUGGAAAUCUCAGGGGCGUCAUUGACAAGGAGUUCUCAACAAACGGGAAGCAAGCUUCCGCCCCGCCUCAAUCCGCAAUCUCAGCACCCACUCCCACCGCUGUCACACCCAGCACAGCCGGAACAGACGGUCAACCUCCCCCACCGCCUCCCAGCGGACCACCCUCGGGCCCUCCUCCUCCAACGCUCGCGCGUGCGCUAUACUCGGCCAAAGUCCUCACCGAAUGUCCGAUAGCCGUCGUCCUCGUCUUUCAAACGUACAAGGCGAUCAUGGCGUCGGUGAUGGACGAGUUCUACCCUUUGGUGAUGGAUAUGAUUCAGAUCCAGCCAGAAACGCAGCGGAUAGCAUUCGAAGAGGCCAAGGAGAGGGGUGUGACGUUCGUGGGCGUGGCGCCAGGAACACACAAUCGGGAGAUGUUUGCAGAGUUGAUCAAAGCUCAAGUCAAGACCAUGGCUUUCCUUGCCUACGUCCUCCGCGGAAACCCACCUUUCAACACCAAGGAUCACCUCGAGGUAUUUCCCGAGGCCUGCGUACGGCUGCUACGGAACUGCCCGCCUGAGGAUGUUGGAACACGCAAGGAGCUGCUGGUGGCUACUCGGCAUAUCCUAUCCUCAGACUCGCGAACCACCUUCAUCCCAUACAUCGGCCUACUUCUCGAAGAGCGCGUCCUCGUCGGAACCGGUAUCACCUCCCGGGAAACCCUUCGUCCACUCGCUUACUCGGUCAUUGCCGACCUUAUCCACCAUGUCAGGAGCGAAUUGCAAUUCCCCGCUCUCGCCCAGGUGGUUCACGUCAUGUCCCUCAACCUGAACGACGCCACCUUCAACGGCGCCAUCCAGACCAUGUGCGCCAAACUCCUCAACACCAUCGUCGAGGCGAUCGUUAACAAGGGGGAGCCACUCGAGGCACAUCGUAUACUGGGGGGCAUGUUCUUCACCUCGCUCGAGAAGCUCAAGUCUUUGACGGAUUCGUUCGAGCGUCUCAAAGCGAUCAUCGCGAGGGAUAAGGCGAAGGGCAAGGCGAAGGAGGUGCAACCCAAGCCGGAUGUGCCGGAAAAGCUGGAAAAGGCAGACGGCGCUGAGGAUGUGGAGAUGGACGAGACGGAGGAGUCUCCGGAGAAGCGGAAGGAGCGGGAAGCAGAGCAAGAGGAACGGCUGCAGUUUGGGUGGAGGGAGAUUGAGCAGGCUAUGCCUGUCCAUUCGGUCGCGUAUUCUGGAGAAACGCUAGAGUCGUUCUGUAAAGAAUCUCGCUUCCUCUUCAAAACCCUCCUCCAUACCUUCCGGACCCUUCUCCAGUACACCCGUCAAGGCGAUCACCCCCUCGCACCACCAGACGGUGAGAUGCUCGGCCAAUUCUUUGAAUACUCCCUCCGCUCACUGGCGCUCUUCGAAGCCAGUCGCGAUCCCCGCGAGCAAAAGGAAGCGGUCGAGCUUCUAUCCCAGAUCCUCCUCCUCUUCGAGCCUCACGUCUUUGCGGCGGUAUGGACACUCAAGAUGGACCUUUUCGUCCGGAACGCCUCGACAUCGCCCCACUUCUUCCCCGUCCUCCAGAUGCUCAUCACGCACGAGCUGGUAUCGCAUCAGCUCGUCGGGAUUCUCCUCAAAUACCUCAUGAACCACAUCCACGAGCUCGGUAGCUACACGCAGCACCAGACGGGAGUGGCGUUGAAGCUGUUCAAGAUGAGCUUCUUGGCAAUCAACACGUAUAUCAACAUCAACGAGUCGGUCCUCGUGCCUCAUCUGCAAAAGUUGAUUCUGCGGUGUUUCGAGUGUGCGGCUCAGGCGGAUGAUAGUGCGGUCUACUAUCAGAUUCUGAGAGCUUUGUUUAGGUCGAUCGGUGGAGGACGCUUCGAGGCGCUGUACAAGGAGGUUCUGCCCAUUCUCCAGGAGAUGCUCGACACCCUAUCCCACCUUCUUCAACACGCUACCGAUGACGCGGAACGGGACCUCUUUGUCGAGCUCACUCUCACCGUUCCCGUUCGGCUCACCAACCUCCUGCCACACCUCAGCUAUCUGAUGAAGCCCCUCGUCCAUGCCCUCCGCGCCGGUCCCGAUUCGGUCAGUCAAGGUCUUCGGACUCUUGAGCUGUGUAUCGACAAUCUUACGGCCGACUUCCUGGACCCGACGAUGGGUCCAAUACUCCGCGAGCUCAUGGCGGCUUUACAUAGGCUGCUCAAGCCUGUCCCUGCCAAUCGCUCGCACGCGCAAUCAGCCAUUCGGAUUCUGGGCAAAUUGGGAGGCAGGAAUAGGCGGUUUCAGGAGGUCGACAAUCUGCUCGAGUACAAGAACGUCGGCUCGGACAUUUCGGUGCCGAUCUUCAUCGAGGGCAAGAGCCACCAGCUCCAGCUGGGAUCAGUCGUCAACACUGCGACGAUCGCUCUCGAUGAAGGGGUGGCGGAGCAUGCGGAGGACAGUCUGCAGAUCCUGAUGGUUGCCAUGAUGGCGGUGUUGGAACCGAACGGACCGAGUCCCGAAAACAACGACACCUUCAUCAAAGCCAUGCGAAGGCUCUUUCUGGCCUGCCAACAUCCCAAGCUGUCCGCCAAAGCGACCGAGUUCGUACGCAACUUUUGCCGGCGCGUCUUCUCUGCCGAGAUGGUCCGCGUCGACACAAAGACGGAUAUCGACCUUAUUGUUGGCGAAAUGGCUCGGAAGCGGUACCUCCCCCUCACAUCCGCCCUCGCCGACUGCUUUGUCGACACCCUCGCUCGGUGCCGGCUUUCGGAGCGGGACGGCUUAUGCGAGCUACUUGCCGUGAUCAUGGCGGACUUCCGGACCCUCGGGCCUUGGCCAGCGUCCAACGCCAACCAAGACUCGAGCAGAGCCAUCGACAGGGGGUUGCAGACUUUCGUCCAUCGAUUCUGCACCCUCUGUCACGAGGAGGACUGGAAUCGGAAGAUGGCGGGUGUCGCGGCGAUCCGUACGAUCGUCAAACACGUCGACGUCAAUCGGGGUCUCCUCUACGACCUGGAGGUUGAGCUGGUCCGAGCACUACUCUUCUGUCUUCGGGAUGCCCCAAUACAGGCGCCCAAGACCGCCGUCGGCGUGUCGGAGCUCGUCCAGGAUAUACUCCGCUGCGGUCGCACCAAUGAGAACCCCGGCACGCCGCGGUUGACAAAGCUCGUCGAGACCUUUGUCAUCGAGCUCAACUCUCAGAGUUUGGCGAGUCGGCAGUGCGCCCAGGCGUCAAUUGCCACUUUGUCGGAGGCAACGGGCCGGUCAGUCUACGACCUGAUCGUUGAGCCUGCAAAGUCCAAGCUGCUGGACUCCAGCGCCGGUCCGAUCUUCUCCAAACCCCUCCGCGCGCUACCCUUCGCCAUGCAGGUCGCCAACAUUGACGCCGUCACUUGGCUCAUCCACGUCCAACCCUCCCCUAUCGACACCACCGAGGAGUUUGUCCGGCUCUCGCACGAGGUCAUCGCCCUCGCGGACGUUGGAGAUGAAACCCUCAUCAUCAAGCCGGCCACGCAAAAGCAGGAGUACUGGAUCAAGGCGCUGCGGAUAGCCUGCCUGAAACUCCUUCGGGCCGCCAUGUCGUUGCCUACCUUCACCACGCAGGCGGCACUCGCCCAAACUCGGUCUCGCAUUAUCCAGGUGUAUUUCAAACACGUCUACUCCCAACAGCCGGAGAUCGUCGAGGUGGCCCACGAGGGUCUGCGGGACUCCAUCGAGAACCAGCAGAAGCUGCCAAAGGAGUUGCUCCAGGCGGGACUGAGGCCAAUCCUCGUCAACCUGGCGGACGCGAAACGGCUCAGCGUCAGCGGUCUUGACGGGCUGGCUCGGUUCCUCGAGCUCCUCACGAGCUACUUCAAGCUCGAGAUCGGCGUCAAGCUGCUCGAGCACUUUCAGGCGCUCGGCGAUGCCCAAUCCUUGCAAAAGGCCGCACUCGCCCCGCUGGAGGACAAUCCGGACAUUGCGCGGAUGAGUCGGCUCGUCAACGUCUUCCGGCUGCUUCCCACCGGCGCGGAAGAGUACCUCGUCCAGCUCACGUCCUUCGUCGUCAAUGCCGAGGCGCAGCUUCAGCAAUUCGUCCCCGGUCCGCUCACUGGCAGCAUGGCGGCGUACUUUGACAAGUACUACUCGCAGGGCGCGCAAUGCCUUAUCGACAACAUACGGGAUCCUCGGUAUGUUUGGACGUUCCGGAAUAUCAUCGCAUCGGGCAAAGCUCCCAAUCUCGUCGAGGAGCUCAGCAACCGGAUCGAGGCCAUCUGUGAACUCACGCUACGGCACCCGGAGGUCGUCGAGCUCGUCAUGCCCGGUCUGCAGAUCGUCGGCGAGCUGUCCAAGACCAGUGACACCUGGUUCAUGGAGAAUGAAGCCAUCCUGGAAUACCUAGUCGCGGUCUGGCGGGUUGUCCUCCUCAAAUCACGCACCAACCACCCAGAUAUCCGGACUCUCCCAUACCAGCAGAUGCCGUCAUUGAUCCUGGAGCUCUUCAUGCGGUUCCUGCGGUUCCAAAAGCACGUCCCCCUACUCUUCCACCUCGUCGAGGCGUUCGAAGUCAAGAGCGCGUUUGAAAGGUCAAACGUCGCAUUCUUCCUGUAUCAGCAGGCGGCGCUGCAGGAUUCGGUCGAAUACCGUCGGCAGGUCCUGCAGGCGUUCUUCAACCUGUAUGAUCAGGAGCCGGUCACCUGGGAGUUCAAGGCCAACGGGCUUCGACUCGUCGUCAACCCGUUGCUGCGGAUGUACGUCGCCUCGGAUAAUGACGGGUCGAUCCUACCGGAGGAUUUCACCAGCAAACUUGCUCAACUCAUCUGGCGGCCACUAUCGGUUACCCAGACUGCUCGUCAGCGGGACGACGACCUCCUCAUCGAGAUAUUCGCCCUCACCAUUACCAUCGUCGAGCACUUCUCCACCAAGGUCGCCGACACUCGCAAGGACGUCUUCAAGCUUGCUUGGAUGGGCGUCAACCUGCUCGAACCUACCGUCAAGCUCAUGGCGUAUCUCCUCGCGGCUCGCUUCAUGGCAACGUACGAGACGCCGUGGAAGUUCCUCAAACUUACCUGGACGGGUCUGCUGCGGCUCAAGGACAAUGAGAAUCGGACGCUUUACAGGCAGGCGAUCGACAUCCUGGCGGGCUGCUUGACCAAGCACCACAUGGACGGCGGCGAGCGGAGACCGGACGGUCAGCCCAUGCCGGCCCACGCGAUCCCUGAGUGGGCUCAGCGGGUCCGCAGCGUCCUCAUUGAGGAUGGUCAUCAGACCAACCAGCUCGUCACCGUAUGCGAGCUCCUCGUAAAUCAUCCCGACCAGUUCUACGAGUACCGUGAGCUCUACGUACCGCACGUCGCCACCUCGCUCUCUCGGCUUGCGUUCGUCCAGUCCACCACACCCGACCUUAAAAAGCUCACGGUGGACAUCGUCGAGCUCAUCUUCCGGUGGGAGAGGCGUAGGAUGGUGGCGAGGGAUGAAGCGAUGGAUGUGGAUGAGGCAGGAUCGAAGAGGAAGGGAGACGGGGAUGAGUCGCCUUUUAAGAGGCAGAAGAUCAACCGGGCGGGGACGGCGAUAUCGACGAGCAGCGGAGGGGGAUGGGCGGCGCCCACGCAGGUCAAGGAGUUGAUGACCGCACAUCUACUGCGGCUGGUGUCGAGCUCGAGCGAUCCGGUGUCGCGAGGCGGAUUGACCAAGAGGGCGCUCGAGCUGUUCAAGGAGAUAUUGGGGCCAAAGGGGCUGGUAGUGCACGUGAAGCUGAGCUUCUUCGGCCGGACAAUGAAGGCGGAUAUUACCGAAGCCAACCUCAACUCGGUCGCCAACUCGACCGAAGUCAUCGCAGCCGUCGCCGCGUCCAAGAACGACCUUUGGGUCAAGCAGAAUCUGGGCGUAUUGUCGAGCCUGCUCGAAAAGGUCUGGGUCUUUGACGAACCCAGUCUGCACGAGACGGUCGACAAACUCACCGACCGACUGUUCUCGGAGAUGAUGAAGGAGAUGGCGGAUGAUGACCAAGAGGCGGGCAAGGAGGCCAAGGAUCUCCACACCUACAUCUCCACCGCCGUCAACGACGGCCUCACUGCCAGCGUUCGACAGAGCUCCAGUCUCCCGGGUACCCUCUUCCUCCUCCGGGCUUGGCUCAAGGUCCAGCCGAGGCAGAUACAGAACGACAACAUCGCAACGGGUCUGCUCAAAGUCCUCUCCAAUCUCGCCAAGGUACACACUACCAACCCAAAUGCGCCGGACCAGGCCCAUCGGCUAAUCAUCUCGGUGCUGGAAGUCCUCCGCGGUCGGGUCACCGAUCUCCGCGAGCACAGGCGCGCGCUCAACAACGUGGUUCUCAGCCUCAUCGAAAAGUCUACCAAUCUUUCGCUCUGCCGGUACCUGCUGGACGUCAUGAAGCAGUGGGUGCUGGAUGACCCAGAGCCAGCGUCAUUGGGCAAGGAGAAGGCGGCCAUGCUGCUUCGCAUGGCGACGUACGAGCAGCGGGACGAGCAGCUGUUCCAGCAGUACCUCGAUCUCGUCUAUGACAUUUACGAGCGGGACGAUCUGCGCGGUACCGACCUCACUCAUCGGUUGGAGCCGGCGUUCCUCCUCGGUACUCGGUCCCGCAAUCAGGCGCAGCGGAUCCGCUUCCUCAACAAGCUGGAAGCCAGUCUCCCGCGCUCGCUCGACGGCCGUCUCCAGUACCUCUUCUCUUUGCAGAAUUGGGACACUCUGGCGGAGAGCUACUGGAUCCCCCAGAUCCUCAGUAUGCUCCUUGGUGUCGUUGAUCCAAGCGAGCGGGUCUACAGCCGAGCUUUGCCGAGGAUCAGCGAGGACGAUCCCAUGAUCGCUCUUGCGGCGGCCCAGACCGCGUCAGAUCUUCUCAUCCCUACCCGGAAUCUCAUCCACAUCGAUAGCGGUCUCGCUCGUCAGCUCUGGUCGGCCAUUUUCCCCAAGUGCUGGGCGUCCCUCAGCCGUGCGCAGCAGGCCGCCUUCACUCCCUACAUCAUCAAACUCCUCGCCAAGGACCACCACAAAAAGCAGGUCGAGCUGCGUCCCAAUGUCAUUCAAACCUUCCUCGAGGGCAUCCUUCCAUGUUCGCCAAUCAUCACCCUCCCUCCACUUCUCAUCAAAUACCUCGCCAAGACGUACGACGCUUGGUACGUCGGUUUCGAGUACCUCCACAAGCUCAGCGAGAUCUAUCGGGGCGAUGAAGAACUACGGGAAAAUUGCGCUACGGCUCUCAGCGAGCUGUAUGCCGAGCUCUGCGAGGACGACAUGUUCUACGGUCUCGCUCGCAGCCGUUGCGUCUACCCCGAAACGACGGCGGCCUUGACGUACGAGCAGAAUGGGCUUUGGCCACAGGCGAUAGAGAUGUACGAGCAGGGGCAGAUGAAGGCUCGGGGCGGUCUUUUGCCGUUCUCCGAGUACGAAUACUGCCUCUGGGAGGAUCACUGGAUUCUGGCGGCGCAAAAGCUCCAGAACUGGGAUGCGCUCACCGAGCUGGCGCGGACCGACCAGGACUCAGAUCUCCUCCUCGAGUGCGCUUGGCGUAUCUCUGAUUGGGGAUCAUCGGACCGGGAGACGAUCGAGACCAACAUCAAUCGGGUCAUCGACGUGCCUACGCCCCGUCGCAAGACCUUCGAGGCGUACAUAGCGCUGCUCAAGGCCCACAGCUCGCGCGAGGCGCCCAAUGACUUCCUCCGCGUCCUGGACGAGGCUCAACAGGUCACACUGCGCAAAUGGAUCAGCCUCCCCUCCCAUACCACCGCCGCCCACCUCCCACUGCUGCAAAUGUUCCAGCAGUGCGUCGAGCUUACCGAGGCAUCUCAGGUCUUUGAUAGCCUGCAACAGACUACUCAACAGAACCUCGAGUUACGGGCGACCAACGAUCUCAAGCCCAUCUUCACCACCUGGCGCGAACGUCUUCCCAAUUUCUGGGACGACAUCAGCGUCUGGUCGGAUCUCCUCGCUUGGCGCCAGCACGUCUUCCAGGCGGUCACCAAGGUGUACGUCCCCCUCAUCCCCCAGGCGGAGACAGCUACAUACGGCUUCCGCGGGUACCAUGAAACUGCUUGGACCAUCAAUCGGUUCGGCGAGAUGGCGCGGCGCCACAAUCUGCUGGACGUCUGCAGCGUCGCUCUCAACAAGAUCUACUCCUUGCCCAAUAUCGAGAUCUCGGAAGCCUUCCUGAAAUUGCGGGAACAGGCGCUCUGCUUCUUCCAGAAGCCGGAGAAGUUCAACGAGGGACUGGAGAACAUCAGCACCACCAACCUGAUGUACUUCACCCCCGCCCAAAAGGCCGAAUUCCUCACGCUCAAGGGGGUUUUUAUCGCCCAGCUCGGUCAAAAUGACGAAGCCAACGCCGAGUUUGCCCACGCCAUCCAGAUGGACCCAAACCUUCCCAAGGCCUGGGCGGAGUGGGGUAGAUUUAACGACAAGAUCUACUGCGAUCGGCCAGAGAUGGCGCCGGAGCCGAUUCCCGACUCCGAGCCGGGCCAACCGCGGAUGACCAAGGAGGAGUUCCAGUCGCGAUAUGCACGGGAGCGGGCGGUAUUUGCUUCGGGCGCCGUAUCAUGUUACCUCCAGGCGGCCGGGCUAUACAGCAAUCACAAAGCACGGGCCCUCCUCCUCCGUGUCCUCUGGCUCCUCGGACUCGACGACGCGCAAAACACUAUCGCCAAGGCCUUCGAGAAUUACAAGGGCGACAUCGUCUUGUGGUACUGGAUCACCCUCAUCCCGCAGCUGCUUCUAUCGCUGUCCCAUCGAGAAGCCAAGCAGGCGAGAACGCUCUUGCUCCGAAUGGCCAAGAUGUACCCCCAAGCUUUGUUCUACCAGCUUCGGGUGACGAAAGAGGACUUUGGCGCAGUCAGGCGUCAACAGGCGCAGAACAAGGCGCACGCGCAGAAAAGGGCAGCAGAGCAGGCCAAGGCAGCGGCGAGCACGCAAGCCCCGGCCGCGCCCACACCGGCGGCAGUUGGGUCGUUAUCUGAAGACGUGACGAUGGCGGAAGGAGAAAAGCCUGACGUAGCAUCACUGGAUAUCAAGGAACCGCCCGCCUCUCAGACGCUCACGGUGCCGGCAUCUUCGCAAGGCGGCUCGGUGAGUGUAGACGAUGCCCUUCAGCCUACGCAGCCCAACAUCACGGCUCCCAACGGGCUGCGCCAGCCCUGGGAGCUCGUCGACGAAAUCAUGAACAACAUGAAGUCAUCCUUCCCCUUGCUCAGUCUCACCAUGGAGAAGAUGGUCGACCAGAUCACGAUCCGGUCGAAACCAGCUUCGGAUGAAGAUAUCUACCGCUUCUUCGCCGCCCUGCUGGCGGAUGCUUUGGCUCAAUGGAGCAGCCGAGCGAACAGCACAGGCGAGGCAGGUCAGCUGAGCGCCACCACCAAGGAGAAUCUGAUCAAGUUCUCGUCCAACCUGUCCGGCGAGAUGAGGACUGCUAUCGAGAAGGACUUCAUGCGCGAUACACCCGAGCUCCGCGAGUACAUCCGCCGCCUCCAGUACUGGCGCGAUAGCUACGAGAGGGGUCUGGACGCUCGACCUCGUUAUCAGCCACUGGAUCAGGGUGGUUGCAACCUCAUCGACUUCCACCAUGCCAAAUUCGAUGAUGUGGAGGUCCCAGGUCAAUACGUCCAUCACACCGAUCACGCAGACGAGUUCGUCAAAAUCGCCCGCUUUGCGCCUCGACACGAGGUAGCCCGUGGUCACGCUCACUGCUACCGCCGCAUCACCAUGAUUGGUCACGACACUUCGAUCCACACAUUCAGCGUUCAGAUGCCCGCCGCUCGCCAUUGUCGACGGGAAGAGCGUCUCACGCAGCUCUUCCGCAUCCUCAACAAUGUCCUGCGCAAGCGUAAGGAAGCUCGAAGGCGUAACAUCCAGUUCCACCUUCCAGCUGCCAUUGCCAUGGCUCCACAGCUCCGAUUGGUUGAGAACGACUCGUCAUACGUCUCGCUCCAGGACGUUUACGACGAGUACAGCAGGAGCCGAGAUCGGACGAGGGAGGACAGCAUCAUGUUCUUCAGUGAGAAGGUGAAGCAGCUGGCGGAUCCGAGCAUGCAGAAGAAUGACCAGCGAGUGCUGCAGAUCAAGAUGGAGGCAUUUGAGGAAGUCCAGGCAAAGAUGGUCCCGGAAACUAUCCUUUCCAACUACAUGAUCCGCACGAUGGCCAACCCGGAAGCUCUAUGGCUCAUGCGAAAGCAGUUCGCCAUGCAGAUCGCCAGUGUGUCAUUCCUGACUUAUCUGUGCUGCCUACACAAUCGGGCACCAAAUCGCCUGCACUUCAGCCGGAGGACGGGACUUGUGUACAUGACCGAGGUCUUACCAGGCUUUGCCCAAGGACACCCCACGAUCGUCGCACUGGAGCCCUGCCCUUUCCGUCUCACCCCCAACAUGCAGCACUUCAUGACGCGGGUCGGCAUCGAGGGCGUAAUGACUGCAGCCGUUACCGCCAUUUCGAGAUCCCUCCAAUCGCCCGGUUUCGAUCUCGCUGGAAGCUUAUCCCUCUUUGUCCGAGAUGAGAUCUUGACCUGGCAGAACACCUACAUGAAGGAUGCCAAGGUGGACACCCUUAGCCGCUCGGUCUCUCAAAACGUUGACCAGUUCGUCAGGCGAGUCACGGCUCUGGGGUACAUUGGGGAGAAUGCAGACAAGACGCCAAACGCCCCGCCAGUGGUACAUGCCAUCGUCAGCUUGAUCUCCCAGGCCACAUCUCCCACCCAUCUCGCCGCGAUGCCCGAGAUGGUCAUGCCCUGGUUCUAA